CUGCGUAAGCGGAGGGAGAUGAGCGAGGCGGCGGCGGAGCUGCCGACGAAGGAGGCGCAGGUGCUGAAGGGCCACGAAGGGGCGGUUUUAGCGGCGAGGUUCAACGCCGACGGAAACUACUGCCUCAGCUGCGGCAAGGAUCGCACCAUCCGUCUCUGGAACCCUCAUCGCGGCAUCCACAUCAAGACCUACAAGUCCCACGGCCGCGAGGUCCGCGAUGUUCAUGUCACUCCGGAUAAUUCCAAGUUUUGUUCUUGUGGCGGUGACCGGCAAAUCUUUUACUGGGACGUGGCCACUGGACGUGUUAUCCGCAAGUUCCGUGGACACGAUGGAGAGGUAAAUGCAGUGAAGUUCAAUGAUUAUGCGUCUGUAGUUGUCUCAGCCGGUUUUGACCGAUCAUUGCGUGUAUGGGACUGUAGAUCUCAUAGUACCGAGCCAGUACAGAUCAUUGAUACGUUCCUGGAUACUGUCAUGUCGGUUGUUCUGACAAAGACGGAGAUCAUAGGUGGUAGUGUAGAUGGAACAGUGCGGACAUUUGAUAUUCGUAAUGGAAGAGAAUUCUCCGACAACCUAGGCCAGCCAGUGAAUUGUAUAUCGAUGUCGAAUGAUGGCAACUGCAUAUUAGCGGGCUGCUUGGAUUCUACUUUACGCCUUCUUGAUCGAACUACUGGAGAGCUACUGCAAGAUUAUAAAGGUCACAUUUGCAAGUCAUACAAAACAGAUUGUUGUCUGACCAACUCAGACGCUCAUGUAGUCGGAGGAUCAGAGGAUGGUUCGGUUUUCUUCUGGGAUCUGGUAGAUGCGAAGGUCGUCAAGAAGUUCCGGGCACACAGUUUAGUGGUAACCAGCGUAAGCUACCAUCCGAGGGAUGAGUUGAUGAUAACAUCUUCAGUUGAUGGAACAGUUCGUGUGUGGAAAACGUGAAGAAUUGUUUUGGCAAUGCGUUCAUGUGUUGUUGGGUGUUUUGGGCAUUUCGGCAUGUUGUCGGAUAUCUGUGCACAAACUCCAAGUAUUGUUUGGAAGCAAGGACCAAUAUUUUGCCCUUAAUCGCUUGUUCGUUGUUUCCAAACUCAGUUUCAGCUGUUUCGCUGUGACCCAUU